GUUCCCAGCAUGCAGAGUUCAGAGGGAGGGUCCGAUUCGUCAUCCAGUGUGGCGCUGCGUACGUCCACCUCCGCCCAGGCCCCCGUGGUGCAGCCUGUCCCAGCCUCACAACAGGUAAACUACUACACUAUCAACAAGGCAGGUCCUACAGGCCCUAGUUUUGUCUCACCUGGACAACUGUUCAGUCGUGUGGUCAGGUGCCACAAAGAGGGACCUCGGAAAAUUACAAUUGGCUCAGAACAGGGCAGCAAGGCUGGCCCUUAAAUGUUUUAUGUAUUUAGUUUUGUUUUGGUACUUUAUACCCCCUUUUCUCCCCAAUUUUGUGAUAUCCAAUUGGUAGUUAGUCUAGUCCCAUCGCUGCAACUCCCGUAUGGACUCCGGAGAGGCAAAGGUCGAGAGCCAUGCGUCCUCCGAAACAUGACCCUGCCAAGCCGCACUGCUUCUUGACACACUGCUCGCUUAACCCGGAAGCCAGCCGCACCAAUGUGUCGGAGGAAACACUGUAGCCACAGGAGUCGCUAGAGCGUGAUGGGACAAGGACAUCCCGGCCAGCCAAACCCUCCCCUAACCCGGAUGACGCUGGACCAAUUGUGCGCCGUCUCAUGGGUCUCCCGGUCGCAGCCAGCUGCAACACAGCCUGGGAUCGAACCCGGAUCUGUAGUGACGCCUCAAGCACUGCGAUGCAUUGCCUUAGACCGCUGCGCCACUCGGGAGGCCCCGUGGCCCUUAAAUGUACACGGAGAGCUAACAUUAAUAAUAUGCAUGUAAAUCUCUCAUGGCUCAAAGUGGAGGAGAGAUUGACUUCAUCACUACUUGUUUUUGUAAGAAGUGUUGACAUGCUGAAUGCACCGAGGUGUCUGUUUUUAAACUACUAGCACACAGCUCGGACACCCAUGCAUACCCCCACAAGACACCAGAGGUCUCUUCACAAUCCCCAAGUCAAGAACAGACUAUGGGAGGUGCACAGUACUACAUAGAGCCAUGGCUACAUGGAACUCUAUUCCACAUGAGGUAACUGAUGCAAGACGUAGAAUCAGAUUUUUAAAAACGGAUAAAAAAUACACCUUAUGGAACAGCGGGGACUGUGAAGAGACACACGCUUACACAUACACAUGGAUUGUGUAUUAUAGGUAUGUGGUAGUAGAGUGGUGGCCUGAGGGAACACAAUGUGUAGUGAAAAGUGUUAUGAAAUGUAAUCUAGUAUUUUAAAUUGUGUAUAUAACUGCCUUAAUGUUGCUGGACCCCAGGAAGAGUAGCUGCUGCCUUGGCACCAGCUAAUGGGGAUCAUUAAUAAAUCAAUACACAAAACCAGGCUGUACUCUCUCACAUGCAGCGCAGUGGGUCUUUCUCACUCAACCAUAACUCUACCUCACAGUACUAGGGCUGUGGCGGUCAUUACAUUUUGUCAGCCGGUUAUUGACCGUUAAUUAACACGUUUAGCAUCUCUAGGCCUCCACACAUACAAGCCACUGAUGUGCGCCUUUGGAACAUCUACAUAAAAAAAAUUAUAAUCACAUUUUUUAAUAAACAUCACAAUAAAUCCAUUAUGUAUUUUAGUCGGGUGUAAAGAAACAUUAUGAUAUGAAUAAAAAAUAUGCUAAAAAAUGACUAAAAUGUAUUUCAGAAAAACAGAGUAGGAGUUAGCCUAAUGUAGGCCUAUGUUAUCUGGCUAUGCUCCAUGCCAUAGGCUGUAGGCUUGUUCAUUUAGCUGACAAGAUAUGCUUCUAAAUCCCGUGACAUUAUUUUAUGAUUGUAUAGUAAGAAGAAUAUAAUUUAAACUUAGCUGACUAAAAUGGUAAGGAUCUUUUUCCCAUUACAGAGCGAGUGUGCAUAUGAAGUGGUUAUGUUGAGCUAAAAGUGAACAUUUGAAACAGGUCCUAUAUGCUAGAUUUAGAGUUAUUUGGCAACUUUAGUUGUGAAUGAUACAAACCUUAGAAUGUGUUAGAAAUCAAACAUAUAUGGGCUGCAUGGUAUGACUGUAGGCUAUUGAUGAUUUGAGAAAGUAGCAAAAAAAGCUUGAGCUCUGUUCCUUGCCUCAGGCUGCACAGCUGUUCUCUCAUCAAGUGAUCAUAUUUUCACCCAUCAGACUAUUCUCAAUUUAAUCUACUCUUUACUAAUAUGUAAAAUUAGUUUAGAUUUAGAAUGGCCCACCAUCAAAUGAGCAGGGGAAAAAAUACAUGUCAUCUGUAUGCACUCGAAUAGCGAAUGGAGGCCGCGUCGGUCCGUUUUGUAGGCUACUUCGGGUUUAUAGCAGAGCAUGAGCUUAAUAUGAGCAGCUAGGGCUGGGCGGUAUACCGUAUUUUACGAUAUACCGGUAUUGAUGUACAGACCGGUUUGGGUUUUUACUUUACCUUCUGUAACGGUAUUUGAAUGUUUAGUUUGUUAAAUGUGAUACUGUGUGUAACAUCUAUUUUUAUAGUUUACUUCGCUACUUGAGUAUCUCUCCGCUCUCUCUCUCUCCAUGCCGCUUUCCACACUGACAUAGCCCCGCCCCUGUCACUCGAGCGCAUUUGUUGUUCCUCGACCACUAGACUUUUGCGUUCAGUCUGCGUGCUCAAUGCAGCACAUGCAACAGUAUUAAUGACAAGGAUGCUGUUUUCACUUUGCUUCUUAAUAUAAAUCCACUAGCGUUCUAUAAUUACAUUGUAGUUUGUGUUUCUUACAUCUGCAAACUGCUAAUUUUGUAUUUUAUUAGCAAGUUGGGCCUAAAUCUUGUUAGCCGCUAAUUGUUAGCUGCUAAUGCUAAUCGCUAGCUAGCUAGCUAAUAAAUGUAAGAGUAAGAGCAAAUGUAAUUAGCUACAGUGGGGAGAACAAGUAUUUGAUACACUGCCGAUUUUGCAGGUUUUCCUACUUACAAAGCAUGUAGAGGUCUGUAAUUUUUAUCAUAGGUACACUUCAAUUGUGAGAGACGGAAUCUAAAACAAAAAUCCAGAAAAUCAUAUUGUAUUAUUUUUUAAGUAAUUAAUUUGCAUUUUAUUGCAUGACAUAAGUAUUUGAUCACCUACCAACCAGUAAGAAUUACGGCUCUCACAGACCUGUUAGUUUUUCUUUAAGAAGCCCUCCUGUUCUCCACUCAUUACCUGUAUUAACUGCACCUGUUUGAACUCGUUACCUGUAUAAAAGACACCUGUCCACACACUCAAUCAAACAGACUCCAACCUCUCCACAAUGGCCAAGACCAGAGAGCUGUGUAAAGACAUCAGGGAUACAAUUGUAGACCUGCACAAGGCUGGGAUGGGCUACAGGACAAUAGGCAAGCAGCUUGGUGAGAAGGCAACAACUGUUGGCGCAAUUAUUAGAAAAUGGAAGAAGUUCAAGAUGACGGUCAAUCACCCUCGGUCUGGGGCUCCAUGCAAGAUCUCACCUCGUGGGGCAUCAAUGAUCAUGAGGAAAGUGAGAACUACACGGCAGGACCUGGUCAAUGACCUGAAGAGAGCUGGGACCACAGUCUCAAAGAAAACCAUUAGUAACACACUACGCCGUCAUGGAUUAAAAUCCUGCAACGCACGCAAGGUCCCCCUGCUCAAGCCAGCGCAUGUCCAGGCCCGUCUGAAGUUUUCCAAUGACCAUCUGGAUGAUCCAGAGGAGGAAUGGGAGAAGGUCAUGUGGUCUGAUGAGACAAAAAUAGAGCUUUUUGGUCUAAACUCCACUCACCGUGUUUGGAGGAAGAAGGAUGAGUACAACCCCAAGAACACCAUCCCAACCGUGAAGCAUGGAACUGGAAACAUCAUUCUUUGGGGAUGCUUUUCUGCAAAGGGGACAGGACGACUGCACCGUAUUGAGGGGAGGAUGGAUGGGGCCAUGUAUCGCGAGAUCUUGGCCAACAACCUCCUUCCCUCAGUAAGAGCAUUGAAGAUGGGUUGUGGCUGGGUCUUCCAGCAUGACAACGACCCGAAACACACAGCCAGGGCAACUAAGGAGUGGCUCCGAAAGAAGCAUCUCAAGGUCCUGGAGUGGCCUAGCCAGUCUCCAGACCUGAACCCAAUAGAAAAUCUUUGGAGGGAGCUGAAAGUCCGUAUUGCCCAGCGACAGCCCCGAAACCUGAAGGAUCUGGAGAAGGUCUGUAUGGAGGAGUGGGCCAAAAUCCCUGCUGCAGUGUGUGCAAACCUGGUCAAGACCUACAGGAAACGUAUGAUCUCUGUAAUUGCAAACAAAGGUUUCUGUACCAAAUAUUAAGUUCUGCUUUUCUGAUGUAUCAAAUACUUAUGUCAUGCAAUAAAAUGCAAAUUAAUUACUUAAAAAUCAUACAAUGUGAUUUUCUGGAUUUUUGUUUUAGAUUCUGUCUCUCACAGUUGAAGUGUACCUAUGAUAAAAAUGACAGACCUCUACAUGCUUUGUAAGUAGGAAAACCUGCAAAAUCGGCAGUGUAUCAUAUACUUGUUCUCCCCACUGUAUACAGCCUGAUAAUACCAGUGAAGGUGUAGACCUAAAUCAGCAUGUUGUUUGUGCAACAGUACCUUCUAAAUCAAAGAGGAAUACGCAAAGCAAGAAUGUUAGCUACAUGAAGUAGCUAAGAGAACAUUCAAUGUAGCCAAAUAUUAUAGGGUCCCCUAGGAAACACUUAAGUGAUAAUGCCAGAGAAGCCUGUGUUUUGGAGGAUAUAUUGGCACGGGUGUUGUUUGUUGAGGGACGGCAAACCGUGCCAAUAUAUCCUCCAAACACCGGCUUCGAGGGCAUUAUCACUUUUGUACAACGGGUUACCAACAUAUUCAAAUAAUGAUUGACAUAUUUUCAUUAAACGUUAUUUUGAUGAAUUUAUUCAUACUAUUUAAUCCUUCCACAAGAUGUAGUCCCGACACAAAUCUAGGGCUGCUACCCAAGCCGGCUGGUCGUUCGUUAUAUCGGUUGCCAGAGACGCGACCCAGUCGUUCGUUCUAAAUGUUCCAUUGCCAUAUUGGCCGGCAACAUUCUUAUCCCUUGCUUGCUAGCUAGCCAACUACGGCUAAUUUAUAGUAACGUCAAACAGUGUAGCCAGAAUAACAACAGUAGUUGCAUUUGUUUUAAGCUGUUUUCUAGUGACAUUUAUUUGGAUACAUCCAUAACAAUGAGCUAAUGAAGCGCGAUGUCGCCUGGCAUAGAAAAUGUGCUCUCUCGUCAUGACACUGUUGUUCAGAGGAGCUAGACAAGAACACAGCUAACACAAUUACUUCAAACUGAAGCUGGAAAGACUGCAAACUAGCUGCACUUUGUUUCGUUUGACCUUUCUUUCAAUUUAUAUUGAUUUGUAUAUAUCCAUUAAAAUGAUGCCAGCCCGACUCCUGUGGUGGGCUUGGUGCAGUGCACGCUGACACUGUCGCCAGGUGUACGGUGUUUCCUCCGACACAUUGGUGCGGCUGGCUUCCGGGUUAAAUGGGCAUUGUGUCAAGAAGCAGUGCGGCUUGGCUGGGUUGUGUUUCGGAGGACGCACGGCUCUCGACCUUCGCCUCUUCCGAGUCCGUACAGGAGUUGCAGCGAUGGGUCAAGACUGUAACUACCAAUUGGAUACCACAAAAUUGGGGAGAAAAAGGGGUAAAAAUGAUGCCAGCUGACUGGCUGAGAAACGCUGCCUGCCUGUCUGUCUCGUCCAGACUCCCGACACGUUCAUUACUAUGGGACAGCUGGAGAUAAAAAUUUAAUAUUGAAACAAUGUUGCAAAUGUCGGAGACGGAGGCAAGGUUUUUACAAAUCUCUGCUGUUGAAAACUAAAUGUUACUCUAAAAUAAAUGAGAUAAUGUCUAGAUGCUUUUUUAUAGUCGAGAUCAAGUUUAUAAAUUGCCUGGCUGGGCUGAUGAGACAAUGGAUUGCACAGUCAGAUGGAGCAGAAUAAAUCAGCAUUUUAAGAUCAUAGAUUUAGCCGGUGGUAACUUGUGGAAUAGACACCGGCUGGAAUGCGGUUUUAACCAAUCAGCAUUCGGGAUUAGAACCACCCGUUGUCAACAAUUGUCAACAUCCUACCAUAUCACAAUAACUCCUCCCUGGCAUUUUCAUUCGUUGUCAUGUCAAACAACACUAUUCAAAGUGGCCACUAUUAUAUUCUAACUAUAGAAUUUGAAUAAUCAUUCUAUUUCCAUGAUUCCAACAGUUCACCCAAAUGUUUUGCUCUAAAUCGCAAGUCAAAUCACAAUUACAACAUUUGGUUAAAAAUAAGGCCUCGAUUGUUUGCCCAUAUCGUGUAGCCCUACGUGGCAGUGUGGAAAUGAUCUCGAAUGAGUGCAGGAAAUGCAGAAAUUGCUGAACGUUUAAUUGAACAGUAUAAAACAAUCAGAAUGGAGAAAGACCCAUUUGAAAUCACUUAGAAUGUAUGCGUUACCACCCUGUCAUACCGUCCAAUUUAAAAAAAAAAUACCGUGAUAUGAUAUUUGGGCCAUAUUGCCCAGCCCUAUGAGCAGCUGAGAAAUAAAUAUAAGAACACUUAUUUCACGCCACGCAUCAACCACUGUUUGAGGAGCAUGCACUCUCUGCCCGACAGGUGAUAUUCCGCCUAAACUCUGUAUGCCAUGGGGUCUCCAACUUUGUUCCUGCAGCUACCCAGUGCUUAAUUUGGGAAACCAAGUGAAAUCUGUUCAUGAACAUCGAUAGUAACAUGUUUUCAAAACUAAACAUAUUUCACUAAACUGUUGACAGCCCGUCUGCACGCUCUGGAAAGGCAUAAAGGAGAGAGAGGAGGAGAUGGAAACGCAUGGUGGUGAGAUAUUCUGUAUAGCCAAUUUAAUGAUGGAAAUAUAAAAAAUACCCUUACCAGGCUAUUAAAAAUCAAAUUCACUAAUUGUAGGCUAACAGUAAGCUACCCUGCACAAUCAAUGAACCAACAGCAUUGCCUAGGGCUAUACAUUCUCUCCCAGACUCAUGGAUUGACAUUUUGGAGCGUAGCAUAAGGUAACCAGUCCAUCCAGUAUGCAUAAUAAUACGGUCCACACUCAAAGGCGAUUAUUCAAAUUUGUUUAAUUUUGGAGUAUAGGCUAGACCAAUUAUGUACCAAAGACAUCUUAAAUCAGUUUUGUUUUAGUUUUUUGCCAUGCGGAAUAUGUAGUAGGCUUUGUAUAAUGGCACAAUCAUAAUUUUAAUUCAGGAUUUAUUUUUCUGGCUUGGGCUCAUAAGCCUAUGCAUAAGCUCUAAUAUGCGUAUGAGAGUUUUGAAUCAAUCAUCACCUUAGAAAGCACUGCCCAUUUCAUUGUGUUAGUCUUUGAAACAACAUCCACAACAACCAUGUUUUACACUGUUUCAACCUGCUGUUGAACUUCUUUCUUCAAAUUGAUCAUCACAGUUAUGUGAGUUUUAAAAGUAUGAUAGGCCUACUGUUUUGAUAAGUGUUUGAUGUGAUUUUCAAUUGCAUCUGCAUUGAUGUCAGAGUGGUUAGAGGGACAAUAGAGCCCGGAGUACCAGGCCAUUAGGACCUGAUGGUAGUUAGCAAGUUGGGUACUACCAAGGCAUGUCCAGAGUUCAUAAAAGGAGAUUACCGUGACUCAACGGUCACGUGGAAUUUUACUGUGGUCAUGACUCAUGACUGCCGGUGUGGCAGUAAUAUGGUCACUGCAACAGCCCUACACAGUACGCUACAUCACAGCAUCCCACCUCACUCCCAACACACAAUAUUCUCCCCAGGGGAGCCAAGCCCCUCACACAAUGUACUGGGAAAGAGCAGCAGAAUGUUAAAAGGGAAUUCUCAACAGAUGUAUUAUACUGCAGAGCAAUCCUUUUAAUGUGAAUUUAUUUCCAGUGUACAGUAUAUUAAGAACCACCAAAAUAUAUCAACAAGCAUUAGCCUAGAUGUGGCUGAAGGCAUCAUGAAUCAUUUGAUAUCAUGUUGUCGUGUGUGAUCAGAUCUGGCUAGGCAGGAGUUUCUGAUCAGUACAAGUAGGACCUGUAACCUUGUAUUGCCACAGCUGUUCGGGGAAAAGGACAUUGGUCGACGAGAGAAUCCGUAGAAACCAAGCAGUAAAUAUCCUUAUGUUAAUAUUUUUGGAUAGUGCAUUGUAUGUGCCUUGACAGCUGGCUAUGCUUGAGAGAAGCCAUUGCUGAACUAUAUGCCUAUACUACACCACAGUCUGCCUCUCACAUACUGUAUCUCAGGCUCUUAGAGGGAAACAUAUUUUAGUUGUCAUGAACACACAUCUCCAUUAACACUCCCCUGAAGAGGGAUACCAGGAGUGGUCGUCUGCGACCGCCAAAGAAAAACGUUGGAUCCAAACGAACAUACAUUGUGGUCGCCUGUAAUUAGUGAAAGCCUAGAAUGGACUUGCACAAAAAGAUGUUGGCUGCACUGCUGCUGGAUAGGAAAUCAUUGUAUUUCCCACCAGCAUUCACUUCAUAUUUGUCUUAGUUGACAGAAGAAAGGUUUUGCACAGUAUACAGUGAGGAAAAAAAGUAUUUAGUCAGCCACCAAUUGUGCAAGUUCUCCCACUUAAAAAGAUGAGAGAGGCCUGUAAUUUUCAUCAUAGGUACAGGUCAACUAUGACAGACAAAUUGAGAAAAAGAAAUCCAGAAAAUCACAUUGUAGGAUUUUUAAUGAAUUUAUUUGCAAAUUAUGGUGGAAAAUAAGUAUUUGGUCACCUACAAACAAGCAAGAUUUCUGGCUCUCACAGACCUGUAACUUCUUCUUUAAGAGGCUCCUCUGUCCUCCACUCGUUACCUGUAUUAAUGGCACAUGUUUGAACUUGUUAUCAGUAUAAAAGACACCUGUCCACAACCUCAAACAGUCACACUCCAAACUCCACUAUGGCCAAGACCAAAGAGCUGUCAAAGGACACCAGAAAAAAACAAAAUUGUAGACCUGCACCAGGCUGGGAAGACUGAAUCUGCAAUAGGUAAGCAGCUUGGUUUGAAGAAAUCAACUGUGGGAGCAAUUAUUAGGAAAUGGAAGACAUACAAGACCACUGAUAAUCUCCCUCGAUCUGGGGCUCCACGCAAGAUCUCACCCCGUGGGGUCAAAAUGAUCACAAGAACGGUGAGCAAAAAUCCCAGAACCACACGGGGGGACCUAGUGAAUGACCUGCAGAGAGCUGGGACCAAAGUAACAAAGCCUACCAUCAGUAACACACUACGCCGCCAGGGACUCAAGUGCCAGACGUGUCCCCCUGCUUAAGCCAGUACAUGUCCAGGCCCGUCUGAAGUUUGCUAGAGUGCAUUUGGAUGAUCCAGAAGAGGAUUGGGAGAAUGUCAUAUGGUCAGAUGAAACCAAAAUAGAACUUUUUGGUAAAAACUCAACUCGUCGUGUUUGGAGGACAAAGAAUGCUGAGUUGCAUCCAAAGAACACCAUACCUACUGUGAAGCAUGGGGGUGGAAACAUCAUGCUUUGGGGCUGUUUUUCUGCAAAGGGACCAGGACGACUGAUCCGUGUAAAGGAAAGAAUGAAUGGGGCCAUGUAAUCGUGAGAUUUUGAGUGAAAACCUCCUUCCAUCAGCAAGGGCAUUGAAGAUGAAACGUGGCUGGGUCUUUCAGCAUGACAAUGAUCCCAAACACACCGCCCGGGCAACGAAGGAGUGGCUUCGUAAGAAGCAUUUCAAGGUCCUGGAGUGGCCUAGCCAGUCUCCAGAUCUCAACCCCAUAGAAAAUCUUUGGAGGGAGUUGAAAGUCCGUGUUGCCCAGCGACAGCCCCAAAACAUCACUGCUCUAGAGGAGAUCUGCAUGGAGGAAUGGGCCAAAAUACCAGCAACAGUGUGUGAAAACCUUGUGAAGACUUACAGAAAACGUUUGACCUGUGUCAUUGCCAACAAAGGGUAUAUAACAAAGUAUUGAGAAACUUUUGUUAUUGACCAAAUACUUAUUUUCCACCAUAAUUUGCAAAUAAAUUCAUUAAAAAUCCUACAAUGUGAUUUUCUGGAUUUUUUCUCUCUCAUUUUGUCUGUCAUAUUUGACGUGUACAUAUGAUGAAAAUUACAGGCCUCUCUCAUCUUUUUAAGUGGGAGAACUUGCACAAUUGGUGGCUGACUAAAUACUUUUUUUCCCCACUGUACAUAUAAUAAGGAAGGAUAUUCUACCAAAAGUCAUGUAGAAAUUCCAGUCAAAUUCCCUGUUUCGUUUGUGAUUUUCUGGUGCUCUUUAGGGGCUUAAGGAUUUGUAUUUUUUCUUUUUUUGUGUCGAUUGGCAUAGUGUGUGUUUGCUUGUGCAUCUUAUGUGCUUACCAAUAAUGGUGCGUGUCCUCUCCACCCAGAGAGUGCUGGUUCAGGCCACAGGCUCGGCCCAGAAGGGAGCGCAGGUGCAGCAGCUGUCAGUCCCCCGGGUGCAACAGGUCCCUCAGCAGGUACACACUAUCAUCACCACCCCUCCUUCCUUCUCUCCAGCUCCCAGGACACUCAGUCAGUCAGGCUUUAUCCACACGCACAGCAUGGCUCCAGCACAGUAGCAUCAGACAUAUUGAUACCGAUCACAUUCUCCACUGUAUUGUAAGCUUUGUUGCUUUUGAAUGGUAUGGGUUUCUAACUGAUAUAAUUGCUGUUAGAUCUCAAUCUGUUGUGCUUCAAGUGCUCAGCAUGGAUUUUCUUUAUUCUCAGUAUGACACUUUGGUCCCACUGCCACCUACUGCCAGUACUGUGGUAAUAUAUGAUCAAGAUAAUGAUUAUGGAAGACAUGAGUUACUCUGUUUCUUUUGAUUACUAACAAGCAUAGGAUAUCUAUCUAAUUUCAAGGAAUGAAAAACAGCCUAGAAGUGGAUACUCCCUCUUGAUGAUAAUGCUCAAAGGUUGUGUUUCUCUCUCCAUAGGUCCAGCAGAUCCAUCAUGUCUACCCCUCCCAGGUUCAAUAUGUAGGAGAGGGAGGAGAAACAGUUUACACUAAUGGAACCAUGUAAGUACUGCGGUGCUCUUCAUUUAAGGCAAUGGAACGUGUUCCAGCUGCCUUUAAAAUACUUCUAAAUAGAAUACCAUUAAAAGAUGCACUAUGCAGAAAUCGCUCCGCCAUUUCCUGGUUGCUAAAAUUCUAAUAGUUUGGCCUAUUUUCAGUUUGUGACAAAACAAGCAAGUAUAGUGUAGAGAAUCAUUGUACCAUCUAAACCGCUGUGAAAAAUAUUUUCCAUAACCAAAAAUAUUAUAUUUUCAGCUGUUGGAAGCUGGUGUACCAAAAACGAAACCGAUCUACCGCUUCUUAGACUUGCUUUCAAUGAGUGACAAAUCUAUAACACAUAUUUCUAUGUGAAUUUGGUCGAGUCACCCAAAAGGUUACAUAUUGCAGCUUUUAAAGCUAAUUGAACCCCUAACGUGAGAUUGUAGAUGUGUAAUAUUAUAAUAGAAACACAAACUAAGUGAAUGUAAUGUUAUGUGAUUGCUGUUUCAUUCUGUAUAGAUCUGAGGUCAUACCUUUACAUUAUGGCACCUCUCUCCCUAGCCGGACAGCCUACUCCUAUAACCCUGAGGCCCACCUGUAUGGCCAGGGCAGUGGAGGAGCCUAUUUUGACUCUCAGGGCGGGGGUGCCCAGGUCACCACGGUGGUCUCCUCUGCCAGCGGUGUGCCGCCCCACGGCAUGGUGGGCAUCGCCAUGGAUGUGGGCGGCAGUCAGAUCAUCUCAGGCGGCAGCACCUACCUGAUCCACGGCGGGGGCAUGGAGGGAGGCCGCCACCACGCCUCACACUCCUCCCGUUCCUCCUCCGCUAUGGUGAGCACCUUGGAUGAGUUGCAUAUACUCUGUGUCCUUGUUGGGACUUAAGGAUUUAGUAGGAAGAAUUAUGUUUCCAGUCCAGUAGGUAUCUCCGUGAAAUUAUUAUGAUGUGAUUAUGUAAGUCCAUCAAACCUGAUGGAAUAGAAGAGGCACCAACACCUUUAGAAAUGAAUGCCCAUGUCUGAGAGUCAGUUAUUCCAACUCAUCCCAAACAUGAGGGAUGGUUUAUGGUUUCCAUUACUAAACUGCUUUUUAAGCCGUGCAUGGAUGAAAGUAUUCUCUAUGAAGUGUGUAUAAAUCAUUAGUUACACCAACAAACAAAUUGCCCUGCCGUAGCAGACACAUUCCCUGCCUUGCGCUGCUGUGCCUGUGACGCACACUGGUGUGCCUUUCCUCACCGCUGCCUGCCUGGCCGAUCUACUGAGCCUCAGGGAAACCUGAGUAUGGGGGUGGGCCUCAGCCUUCCCAGUGCCCAAUGGAGUUACGAGAGAAGCGGGACAGGGGAAGCAAGGCGCAAGCUGGUUUAAGUAAUUCAGCUAUGCCUUGUUUUGGAGUAUUUCACAGGCACUUGUGCGCCCUGCAAAACAAAGCAACCCCUGGGCCUCAUUACCAUUUGGCCAACAGCCCUUGGGAGCCUUUUUAAGGCUUUGGAAGGAUGCCAGGUUUUUUUUUUUCUCAAGUUUGGCCGCUAUAACACACAUCUUUCUGUGGGUGUUUCCCCCCCCCCCCCCCCCCCCUCUUUUCUUUUACCCCCUAAGCUUUAAAGCCCAUGGUUUUGUAAUUCGCUAUGCCUGCUAGUUUAACUCCUAUUUUCUCUAGUCCAUGAGACUGCAGAAAAAAAGUCUAAAUUAUCUGGUAAAUUCAUUGAAAUGGUCCCUUUGGGAUAACAAAUGGAAAGAAAAUAUGGGGGAUGAUAUAAAAUAUGGAAAUCUGUUGCUCCUGUAGGAAAACAUUUCUAUUAGGACAGUAUUUGUGUUUAUAAAUGGGUUUCAACAGUGACUUUUACAUAUAACUUCUCAAGUUUUGCAUUGUGUGAUGAUUUUCUUUGGGUGUUAGGUGGAAUUUGUUGACUCAUUGUCAUCGAGCAUGGUGUGACCCGUGGCCCUGAUUGCAGAGUUAAUUUGCAUAUGUUAGUGUCAGACAAGGAGGGCCUUCAGUCAGCAGCUUAACCCCUUGAGUCCCUCUCAUUUGCAUGCUUUUUCAGCCAAUAAUGAAUUUGGCCGCAACACUGACAGUGUAAUGGAAAUGCAGAGAUCUGGCUGCUGCUAACCUUCUUAUUUCCUUUCUGUUUUGUGUUUUUGUUUUUCCCUGUCUACCCCCCUUCUUUCAUUUUCCUCAUUUUUUUUCUUCCUCCUGUUUCAUUUUUUGCAUGCUCAUUUUUUUUCUUUAGCUUGAAAUGGCGAUUGAAAACCUCCAAAAGUCGGAAGGGAUUGCAACUCACAAAAGCAGCCUGCUCAACAGCCAUGUAAGUCAAUCAGGAACUUUCUUUGAAAAGGACAAGAAAGACCUGCCUUUGUCUCCCUGGCGCUACCUUACCUCUUCACUGUGAUCUUUUCUCUUUCUGAUGAAGGGUACAUACUUACAGACUACUGCUAGCCUCAGUGUGCUGUGACCCAAAACACUACAUUGUCUGACCAGAGAUGUUCUUUGCAUCUGCUGCCACUUGUUUCUCAACAACAACUUAUUGAUUGGGGGACUUGCUGCUGGCUGAGCUUGCCUUGUCCUUGUCUUGACAGAAGCUACACAUGUAUUUAACCUGUUGCUUUUUCAGAUUCUCCAUCCUCCACAUGGUGACAGCUACGUGAUUGUUAUAGCCACAUAACGCCCUCCACCUUUUUCUACUGUCAGUGAAGCACACAUUCCCACUCGAAUCAAGACACACUCACUAUUUGUCAACAAUUACAUGUUGUAUAAUGUGAGUCGGUGUGUUGGCGACACAUCUCCAUAAUAACAGUGUGAUAUGGUAAUGAGAUGCAGUACUACUUGACUCUACUUUAUUACUCCAUCAGAGCUGCCAUUCAAACCAGCUAUUUUAUUAGACGUUAGGGGGUUUAUUCUCCAUUCCAGUUCUUAACCAUCGGUCACCUCUAGAAUCUCUAUAUUAUCAAGCAGCUCCUGACAGUCAUAUUAUUGUCAUCAACUCCACGCUGUGUCUGUCACACUCAGUCUGGCCACCCUGUAUAUUGAGAUAAAUAUCCAUGUGUUUUAUAUUUCUUCUUUUUACGUACCAUUCACCAUCCACACAGACGGGUAAAUCAUUGUAUCUACCCUGUUGGGGAAUAGGGGACAGCAGAGUUCUAUUUGUCUCUAGUGGACAGGUAUAAAAUGAGUGAGCAAUUAUCACAUUAAAUAUACUCAUUCACUCCCUCUGACAGUUUUAACCCAAAAUCUAAAUUCUCUCUCUCAUGUUUAAACUCACUAAACAGGUGGUUGGAGUGUGUGUGUGUUUCUGCUCUCUGUUGAUGUGGUAAUAGAAGAUGGUGCACUCUCUCUCCCUCUGGUUGGGCAGACAGCUGCAGGAUUGGAGUAGGGUUGAAUAUUUUCCCGGUAUUUUACAAAUGUUCCAUCCUGAGAAUAGAUCAUUUUCCUCCCAGGUAACCCAGUAUUUCCCGCCAAAACCAGAAGUGUCAUUCAAAAGCAUUAUAAAGCACAUAAAUGUCUGGAUUUGAUAAGAGCUUUGAACAGCAUGAAAAUUCUAACCUGAUGCUACCUGAGCCUGAUUAGCCUUAUAUUAAAUACAUUUUAUGAGCCCUACAUUAACGACAUUUAAUGAGCCCAAGCCCAAAAAAUACCAAAUGAUUGUACCGUUAUCCAAUAAAUAUAUGAUAUAGGCUACUGCACAUUAAGCACGACAGAAAAACAUAAAAGCACAUACAGUUGAAGUCGGAAGUUUACAUACACUUAGGUUGGAGUCAUUAAAACUUGUUUUUUCAAUCACUCCACAAAUUUAUUUUUAACAAACUAGUUUUGGCAAGUCGGUUAGGACGUACUUUGUGCAUGACACAAGUAAUUUUUCAAACAAUUGUUUACAGUCAGAUUAUUUCACUUAUAAUUCACUGUAUCACAAUUCCAGUGGGUCAGAAGUUUACAUACACUAAGUUGACUGUGCCUUUAAACAGCUUGGAAAAUUCCAGAAAAUGAUGUCAUGGCUAUAGAAGCUUCUGAUAGGCUAAUUGACAUCAUUUGAGUCAAUUGGAGGUGUACCUAUGGAUGUAUUUCAAGGCCUACCUUCAAACUCAGUGCCCCUUUGCUUGACAUCAUUAGAAAAUCAAAAGAAAUCAGCCGACCUCAGAAAAGACCUCCACAAGUCUGGUUCAUAAUUGGGAGCAAUUUCCAAACGCCUGAAGGUACCACAUUCAUCUGUACAAACAAUAGUACGCAAGUAUAAACACCAUGGGACCACGCAGCCGUCAUACCGCUCAGGAAGGAGAUGUGUUCUGUCUCCUAGAGAUGAACAUACUUUGGUGCGAAAAGUGCAAAUCAAUCCCAGAACAACAGCAAAGGACCUUGUGAAGAUGCUGGAGGAAACAGGUACAAAAGUAUCUAUAUCCAUAGUAAAACGAGUCCUAUAUCGACAUAACCUGAAAGGCCGCUCAGCAAGGAAGAAGCCAAAACCGCCAUAAAAAAGCCAGACUACGGUUUGCAACUGCACAUGGGGACAAAGAUCGUACUUUUUUGAGAAAUGUCCUCUGGUCUGAUGAAACAAAAAUAGAACUGUUUGGCCAUAAUGACCAUUGUUAUGUUUGGAAGAAAAAGAGGGGGAGCUUGCAAGCCGAAGAACACCAUCCCAACCGUGAAGCACGGGGGUGGCAGCAUCAUGCUGUGGGGGUGCUUUGCUGCAGGAGUGACUAGGAUCUAGUUCUCAAAAUAGAUGGCAUCAUGAGAAAGGAAAAUUAUGUGUAUAUAUUGAAGCAACAGCUCAAGACAUCAGUCAGGAAGUUAAAGCUUGGUCGCAAAUGGGUCUUCCAAAUAGACAAUGACCCCAAGUAUACUUCCAAAGUUGUGGCAAAAUGGCUUAAGGACAACAAAGUCAAGGUAUUGGAGUGGCCAUCACAAAGCCCUGACCUCAAUCCUAUAGAAAAUGUGUGGGCAGAACUGAAAAAGCGUUUGCGAGCAAGGAGGCCUACAAACCUGACUCGGUUACACCAGCUCUGUCAGGAGGAAUGGGCCAAAAUUCCCCCAACUUAUUGUGGGAAGCUUGUGGAAGGCUACCCGAAACGUUUGACCCAAGUUAAACAAUUUAAAGGCAAUGCUACCAAAUACUAAUUGAGUGUAUGUAAACCUCUGACCCACUGGGAAUGUGAUGAAAGAAAUAAAAGCUGAAAUAAAUCAUUCUCUACUAUUAUUCUGACAUUUCACAUUCUUAAAAUAAGUGGUGAUCCUAACUGACCUAAGACAUGGAAUUUUUACUAGGGUUAAAUGUCAGGAAUUGUGAAAAACUGAGUUUAAAUGUUUUUGGCUAAGGUGUAUGUAAACUUCCGACUUCAACUGUAGAUGUAGCUAGCUAUAGGCUCCAGUAGGCUAAUCUGUCUGCGUUGAACUUUAUUAUUAUUGUAUUAUAUGGGCUGGAAUUACGCACAUCGUUCAAACCACGAUAAAGUGGAAGAGAACAUGCAAUUCUGGUGCAGCACAUGCAGCCUACAAAGUAACAUGUAUAGGCUAGCGAAUUUGAUUUUAAUUUUGAAAUAUAAUAGGGCCUAUUUGUAUAAUAAGUAGGCUGAUGCAUAUAUACCUUUCAUAAUAUUUCCCAUUUUUUAGCCUACCUCUUUCUCUCUCGUUGCUUCAUUCUUUUCUCGCUUUCAACAUUUAAAUGAAAUAAGUUUUGUUGUCCUUAUCUUAAUCAUUUUAAUGACAUCCUUGAAUAAUAUACAGUAGGACUGGAAUUUGAUCCAAAAUGUUUUCACUUCUCUUCACGAAGAUUGAAUAGUUAUGGGUCUGAAUAAAUAACUGCUAUGGCUUACCGCCAUCGCACAUUCGCUCUUCUUUCAAACUACCCGUGAGUUCUAUUGGCUGCUGUAUUUAACAUUCAGCCAAAAAGAACUUGCGUCCUCUUCGAAUAGUCUAUUGGUAUAAGAAAUGCACACAAAAAAAAAGUAUGCCGCAUUGAAGGUCCCCAAGAACACAGUGGCCUCCAUCAUUCUUAAACGGAAGAAGUUAAGAACCACCAAGACUCUUCCUAGAGCUUGCCGCCCGGCCAAACUGAGCAAUUGGGGGAGAAGGGCCUUGGUCAUGGAGGUGACCAAGAACCCAAUAGUCACUGACAGAGCUCCAGAGUUCCUCUGUGGAGAUGGGAGAACCUUCCAGAAGGACAACCAUCUCGGCAGCACUCCACCAAUCAGGCAGAGUGGCCAGAUGGAAGCCGCUCCUCAGUAAAAGGCACAUGACAGCCUGCUUGUAGUUUGCCAAAAGGCAUCUAAAGUACUCAGACCAUGAGAAACAAGAUUCUCUGGUCUGAUGAAACCAAGAUUGAACUCUUUGGCCUGAAUUCCAAGCGUCACGUCUGGAGGAAACCAGGCACCAUCCCUACGGUAAAGCAUGGUGGUGGCAGCAUCAUGCUGUGGGGAUGUUUUUCAGCGGCAGGGACUGGGAGACUAGUCGGGAUCGAGGGAAAGAUGAACGGAGCAAAGUACAGAGAGAUCCUUGGUGAAAACCUGCUUCAGAGCGCUCAGGACCUCAGACUGGGGCAAAGGUUCACCUUCCAACAGGACAAUGACCCUAAGCACACAGCCAAGACAACGCAGGAGUGGCUUUGGGACAAGUCUCUGAAUGUCCUUGAGUGGCCCAGCCAGAGCCCGGACUUGAACCCAAUCGAACAUCUCCAUAGAGACCUGAAAAUAGCUGUGCAGCGACGCUUCCCAUCCAACCUGACAGAGCUUGAGAGGAUCUGCAGAGAAGAAUGGGAGAAACUCCCCAAAUACAGGUGUGCCAAGCUUGUAGCGUCAUACCCAAGAACACUCAAGGCUGUAAUCGCUGCCAAAGGUGCUUCAACAAAGUACUGAGUAAAGGGUCUGAAUACUUAUGUAAAUGUGAUAUUUUAGUUUCUUAUUUUAAAUACUUUUGCAAACAUUUCUAAAAACCUGUUUUUGCUUUGUCAUUAUGGGGUAUUGUAUGUAGAUUGAUGGGGGAAAAACAAUUUAAUCAAUUUUAUAAUAUGGCUGUAACGUAAUAUAAAUGUGGAAAAAGUCAAGAGAUACUUUCCGAAUGCAUUGUAUUUUGGAUGCAAUUUUCAAUGGAGUUGAUGGAGAGAGCGAGGGACUGCGAGAGAGUGCUCGUACGUGCAGUGAUUUAAAGCAACGAUAUUCGAGUGAUAGGCUGUUUUUUAAAACUCUACAGCUGCAAUAAAACAAAAAAAUAAUAUUUUUACAAUUUAAAAAAACAAUGUGACCUCUGAAAGCCAGAUGGAUGGGUAAAUUAAAUGCGCGUUCGGUCUUUAUAUUACUGUAACAUAGGCUAUGCUGCAGCAAGUGUAGGCCUACCUGUCACAAGAAAAAAAGUUACCAUGAGAUGAUAGGUCUACAUGCAUUGUGAACUGCACACCAUACUCAGAUGGGUCUGUCCCCACCCUGAGUGUUUCUUCAUAAUGCAGAGGCCGUAGUGAACCCAGAUUUAGACAUCGCAUAUAAUAUAACAGUUCCAUUUCACGCCAUGUUGUUCAUAUGAAUAAUAAUUUACCGGUGUCUCAGUUAUUUAUCCUGGGGAAAAAGGAGUGGUUUUGGCCGCUAAAUCUCGGUAACCGGGUUCCCGCCAUUCCACGCUAGGAUGGAGGUGUACUGUAAGGAUCAGAGUGCAGCAGACAUGGCCCAUUAGGUGUGACUAACUGUGUUUCUGUGCUGUGUGUGUUUAGCUGCAGUGGCUGCUGGAUAACUAUGAGACAGCGGAGGGGGUGAGCCUGCCCCGGAGCUCCCUCUACAACCACUACCUGCGCCACUGUCAGGAGCAGAAACUGGACCCGGUCAACGCUGCCUCCUUCGGGAAACUCAUCCGCUCCGUCUUCAUGGGCCUCAGGACCCGCCGUCUCGGCACUAGGUAAGACCAUGAUGAUAAGGGUGAGGGUGAUGAAGAGCAGGAUAGUGUUAAUGAUGGAUUGGAAUGAUUGAUUGAUGUGGUGAUAAUUAGUAUUUAUUCUGAUAAGACUGAUUACAAAGCUGACUACAAUAUUUGCUUAUUAACCCCCGAUGUUCCUGUUUGUUCCAGGGGCAACUCCAAAUACCACUACUAUGGCAUCAGACUGAAGCCAGACUCCCCACUCAACAGACUGCAAGAGGACUCUCAGUACAUGGCCAUGAGACAGCAGCCUGUGCACCAGAAACAAAGGUGAGCCCUCCCUCUCACAUCCUCCUCUUCUCUAGUUCUCUUUAAUCUGUCCAUACUGUCAGCCAGAACUUUAAUCAAGUUCAUUUUUAGCUUUAAAAAAAAAAAAGAUUUGACUUCAUGUCCCCUGCCUCUGCCCAAAUAACUUUUGUGGAUUUUUAAAUGCUUCUCUGCAGCAGAGUGAAAUGGUGCACUCACCCAUAUUUCAGAUACAUGCUUUAUUUAACCUCUCACACCUGUCUUCAUUCUCCACCCUCUCCUCUCCACUGUUCUUUUGUGCUUCCUCUCCUCUCCCAGUCAUCCAUUAGUUCUUCCCAGCCCCACCCAACAUAGCUGUGCUGCCCUCUCCCCUCUCCGCAGGUUCAAGCCCCUCCAGAAGGUGGAUGGCAUGGGGGACAGCCUGUCAGGAGGCUCCCAGCAUUCAGCCAGCACCCCAGAGCAGUCUGUGGCAGCCCAGAGCCAGCACCAUCAGCAGUACAUUGGUAAGGAGCGCCGCUAGCCACACUAACACUCAGACAGAGCAUCAGGUCCCCUGUACCAAAACGGAGCUCACAUUAAUGCCAUAGUUUGUGAACACAGGAUAAAACUGUGGUGAUUUUUAAAAAUCACCUCACUUCAAAGGAUUAUUAGACACCACUUUGUUGUUUGGGAUUUAACCGUGUGUCAUUGUGUCUGCAGAUGUGUCCCAUGUCCUGCCCCCGUUCCCAACCCCUGACCUAGGCACCCAGCCCCUCCCCGAGCGCAUCAACAUGAACGAUGUGAAGAAGUUGCAGAACCUGUACAGGGACCACUGUGAGGUACGUACACAACAGCGCCAACUAGCUGCAAACUCUGCACUGCUCUGGUGUGGUCUGGUCUGGUGCAACAAGCGCUGCCAGAGAGAGAGGCUGCAGCCAUCAACAGGUGUCCCGUUCAAUGUUCUUUCUAAGCCACACAGCUCCUGGAGACUAGAAUUUGCUAGCCCACGUAGAUGAACGAGAUUGAUCUUCACUAAAAUGUAUACUAGCUUUCCUUAUUUGCUGUGGAAAUUGGGAUUGAAUCAACAUAAUCAAUAUUUUUCUGUGAAACAAACCAAAUGUAACUUCAUGACUGAGUUGGUGAUUUUGUUUUAGGCUGAGGAGCAGUUUUGUUCUCUUAUAAGUGUUUUUUUCCAUCACCCCCGAUCGGAGAGUAGCCUAUAUGCGCAUUUGAGAUCCCAGAGCAGCGUGUAGCCGCGUGUGCACAUUUGUUGAUAUUCUUUGCUAGUUAGUGAGUUACUAGCCCGGUUAUAGCUAAUUUUGGUCAGGAAUGGGGGAGUUUUUGCUUCCUACAAGAGCACAAAACUUGAACAUACAGUGCCUUCAGAAAGUAUUCACACCCCUUGACUUUUUCCACAAUUUGUUAUGUUUCUGUCUGAAUUUAAAAUGGAUUACAUUGAUAUUUUGUGUCACUGGCCUACGCACAAUACCCCAUAAUGUCAGUGGAAUUAGGUUUUUAGAAAUGUUUACCUGAAAUGUAUUUAGUCAAUAAGUAUUCAACCCCUUUGUUAUGGCAAGCCUAAAUAAGUUCAGGAGUAAAAAUGUGCUUAACAAGUCACAUAAUAAGUUGCAUGGACUCACACUGUGUGCAAUAAUAGUGUUUAACAUGACUAGCUCAUCUCUACCCCACACAUACAAUUAUCUGUAAGGUACCUCAGUCGAGCAGUGAAUUUCAAACACAGAUUUGAGACCAGGGAGGUUUUCCAAUGCCUCGCAAAGAAGGGCAACUAUUGGUAGAUGGCAAGAAAAAAAGCAGACAUGGAGUAUCCCUUUGAGCAUGGUGAAGUUAUUAAUUACACUUUGGAUGGAUGUAUCAAUACACCCAGUCACUACAAAGAUACAGGCGUCCUUCCUAACUCAGUUGCCGGAGAGGUAGGAAAUCGCUCAGGGAUUUCACCAUGAGGCCAAUGGUGACUUUAAAACAGUUACAGAGUUUAAUGGCUGUAAUGAGAGAACUGAGGAUGGAUCAACAACAUUGUAGUUACUCCACAAUACUAACCUAAAUGACAGAGUGAAAAGAACGAAGCCUGUACAGGAUACAAAUAUUCCAAAACAUGCAUCCUGUUUGCAACAAGACACUAAAGUAAAACUGCAAAGAAAGGAACAUUAUGUCCUGAAUACAAAGCGUUAUGUUUGGGGCAAAUCCAACACAACACAACACAACACAUCACUGAGUACCACUCUUUAUAUUUUCAAGCAUGGUGGUGGCUGCAUCAUGUUAUGCGUAUGCUUGUCAUAGAAUAGGGUGUUUUUUAUGAUAAAAAUAAACGUAAUAAAGCUAAGCACAGGUAAAAUCCUAGAGGAAAACCUGGUUGUCUGCUUUCCAACAGACACUGGGAGACAAAUUCACCUUUCAGCAUGACAAUAACCUAAAACACAAGAACAAAUAUACACUGGAGUUGCUUACCAAGACGACAUUGAAUGUUCCUGAGUGGCCUAAUUACAGAACCUUACAGAUAAUUGUAUGUGUGGGGUACAGAGAUGAGGUAGUCAUUCAAAAAUCUAGAAAUGUUUAAUUCAUUUGUAAAAAUGUCUAACAACAAUUCCACUUUGACAUUAUGGGGUAUUGUGUGUAGGCCAGUGACACAAAAUCUCAAUGUAAUCCAUUUAAAAAUUCAGGCUGUAACACAACAAAAUAUGGAAAAAGUCAAAGGGUGUGAUUACUUUCUGAAUCCAUGUGGAAAUGUUAUUGCAUUUUCUCCAUUGGUUUUGUUGAUAGGCCACUCUGAUAGGCUUACAUUAUGCUCAAAUAGCCACAAUAGCCUAUUGGCCACUGUCUGAAACUGUAACUUAAAGUGGGUAUAGCCUCUGUGUUCACAGUUCAUGUGUGCCGGAAGUUGCACAGAAUGUUUGCAAAAUUUGUUUCUGCUCACAAGACCUGUAAUUUGCUCAGUGCCAAAACAUUUGAGGGAAUAUUGGUCCUGUCCUAGUUUAUGUACAGUGGCUGGCGAAAGUAUUCACCCCCCUUGGCAUUUUUCCUAUUUUGUUGCCUUACAACCUGGAAUUAAAAUUGAUUUUUUUGGGGGGGGGUUCGUAUCAUUUUGAUCUACACAACAUGCCUACCACUUUGAAGAUGCAAAAUAUUUUUUUGUGAAAACACAACAAAUAAAACAAAAAAACAGAACUUGAGCGUGCAGAACUAUUCACCCCCCCCCAAAGUCAAUACUUUGUAUGUCUCUAUAAGCUUGGCACAUCUAGCCACUGGGCUUUUUGCCCAUUCUUCAAGGCAAAACUGCUCCAGCUCCUUCAAGUUGGAUGGGUUCCGCUGGUGUACAGCAAUUUUUAAGUCAUACCACAGAUUCUCAAUUGGAUUGAGGUCUGGGCUUUGACUAGGCCAUUCCAAGACAUUUCCCCUUAAACCACUCGAGUGUUGCUUUAGCAGAAUGCUUAGGGUCAUUGUCCUGCUGGAAGGUGAACCUCCGUCCCAGUCUCAAAUCUCUGGAAGACUUUCCCUGUAUUUAGCGCCAUCCAUCAUUCCUUCAAUUCUGACCAGUUUCCCAGUCCCUGCUGAUGGGAAAAACAUCCCCACAGCAUGAUGCUGCCACCACCAUGCUUCACUGUGGGGAUGGUGUUCUCGGGUGAUGAGAGGUGUUGGGUUUGCGCCAGACAUUUUCCUUGAUGGCCAAAAACCUCAAUUUUAGUCUCAUCUGACCAGAGUACCUUCCUUCCAUAUGUUUGGGGAGUCUCCCACAUGCCUUUUGGCGAACACCAAACGUGUUUGCUUAUUUCUUUCUUUAAGCAAUGGCGCUUUUCUGGCCACUCUUCCAUAAUGCCCAGUUCUGUGGAGUGUACGGCUUAAAGUGGUCCUAUGGACAGAUACUCCAAUCUCCGCUGUGGAGCUUUUGCAGCUCCUUCAGGGUUAUCUUUGGUCUCUUUGUUGCCUCUCUGAUUAAUGCCCUCCUUGCCUGGUUCCGUGAGUUUUGGUGGGCGGCCCUCUCUUGGCAGGUUUGUUGUGGUGCCAUAUUCUUUCAAUUUUUUAAUAAUGGAUUUAAAAUGGUAGGAUGUUCAAAGUUUCGGUUAUUCUUUUAGAACCCAACCCUGAUCUGUACUUCUCCACAACCUUGUCCCUGGCCUGUUUCGAGAGCUCCUUGGUCUUCGUGGUUUCCCUUGCUUAGUGGUGUUGCAGACUCUGGGGCCUUUCAGAACAGGUGUGUGUGUGUGUGUAUAUAUACUGAGAUCAUGUGACACUUAGAUUGCACACAGGUGGACUUUAUUUAACUAAUUAUGUGACUUCUGAAGGUAAUUGGUUGCACCAGAUCUUAUUUAGGGGCUUCAUAGCAAAGGGGGUGAAUACAUAUGCACGCACCACUUUUCCAUUAUUAAUUUCUUAGAAUGUUUUGAAACCAAGUAAUUUUUUUCACUUCACCAAUUUGGACGAUUUUGUGUAUGUCCAUUAUGUGAAAUCCAAAUAAAAAUCCAUUUAAAUUACAGGUUGUAAUGCAACAAAAUAGGAAAAACGCCAAGGUGGAUGAAUACUUUUGCAAGGCACUGUAUGGGGGGAAGUGACAUUUCAGAGCUGGUGCUAGAACCUCCUUAGUUACUGUUGAAUGUGGCUGAUGAGAAUACCAACUCCCUGGAUGGGAUACAAUGAUCAGUGAGUGAAAUAUUUAAUGGAAAUUUUUGGGGGACUUUUCAAGCUACAGAGAGCGAGAAGGAGAGAUACAGAAAGGGAGAGGGCCCUGAAAAGCUUAAUUAAAGCGCUGAAGCCGUGGGUUUAUCAUAUUAUCCGUGGCCUCCCCCUGUCCAGCCACACCACGCUCCUAUUGUUCCAGCCUCCUUUCAUCUCAGCGAAGCCUUUAAGACAUGCCAAUUAACCUUUCAGCGCGCUGGGUGGACAUCUUGGUGUCUUUGUGCUCACCUCCCCCUGGGCCUUUGUGUUGCCUUGUCUGUGGAUGGGCACAUGGGCUCCUGCCUUUAUCUUCCCGGUGCAUUUCUGUCACUCUCACAGCACUCUGUGUGUGCAUUUGAAUGUUUAUGCGCUUUUUUCUUUGUGAGCAAACAACGAUCUGUUAACUUUAUACUAGGAGGAUUAUUAAUGGUAAUUGAAAUUUACACAGCAAAUAAAGGUAACAAGUGUACAAAGGACAAAUCAAGGUGUAGUUUCAGGAAUAACCUAUUCCUCACCCUGCAUUAAGUGGAAACAAAGCUGUAGAUUUUGUAUUUGAACAUUUGUUCAAGCAAGCAAUGCAUUAAUUAUCUCUACACAUCCAUAUUCAUUGGCUUUGGCUUCCAUACUUGCAUUUAUUAAUGUCAAAGUUGAUAUUGAUAAGAGCCAAAUAUCCUGUAUCAACCACGCCAAUUAAUCCUGCUGUUGAAUCUGAGUUGAAUGAUAAAAUGAGUAAUAAAAACUCCAGCCUGAAAGGAAUAAAUCACAAUCAAAACCACAUUAAGAAGUGAAUGUGUGUUGGGGCAGCGUUAAGGAACCACAGUCCCAGCCUGCUCCUCUUUCUCUCUGCCUCUCUUGCUCUCUGUCUCUCUCCAGCACGCAGUUUUUCCUGUGUGGUGAAACUGGGGAGGUAAAACACUUGUUUGUAGGGGCAGGGGAAUUCUCCUUUUUGUUUUGGAGUUCAGUGUUUUAAGCUGUUGCUGGGGCAACGGUAAACACGGUUGCCAUGGUGAUCCUAGGAGAGGAAGCAAAAACAUCAUGUGAUUGAAGGAAAGCCUAUACUGUGCUGGGCUGUAACUGGAGAAGGGGAGCAUGUCCUGCCAAAGGAGAAUCUCUGGGCAUGGUGUGAAUCAUAGUGAAGAGAGACACUGUGCCACAGAGCACUGAUAGAUAAAACAUACAGCUCACUGCUCAUCCGUUACUGUGAGGGUGGCCUGCGGCUUCGCUGUCUAAAUGAUGUGCUAUUAGAACCUACCGUAGGCUAUAUCUGUGACCUUUGUUGUGUGUACCAUCUGGAAUGUUAUAUGAAAUUAUUUUUUACAAAUUCUCACUGAAGUUGUCUCCUUUUAGCCCAUGAAGUUACUGGAAACUUGUAUAGAGUUAGUAAAUCUGUAGUAUAAUAAAUCUGUCAUGGAUGUGUUGCAGUGGAGUGUUGAUUAUAGUGUGUAGCACAUGCUCUAAGUGAGAGUUCAAACAGGAAUGAGGAAGUCACGUGUGGGUGGGGAGUUGAGCCUGCCAAUGUCACAGGGAGGUAAACGCUUAUAGCACACACUAUAAUCAUUAAGGCCGGGAUGAUACUAGUAUCGCAAUAUUUUUUUUCCAUGGCAAAAAUGAAAACACGAAGCAGACAACUCUUUGGUCAUUUAAAAACCUGCUGUAUGUAAAAUAUUGUGUGCUUUAGCUUGGAAAAUAAAUACAUGUGACUGGAUGACAACAUAAUGAUGUUUGUUUCCAACAUUAGGGCUGUUUUCCUAAAUAAGUUAAAUCCGCUUCAUGUUUUGUUUCCUUGCCACGAUACCGCGAUACUGGUAUCAUCCUGGCCCUAUAAUCCAUGCUAUAAAAAGAUUUACAUUAAAUUCAUAUUAGUUUAAUUCGUAGUAAAUAUCACUCUCAAAUAUGAUCCUCGUUGUGGUUUGGGAUCAAUGGGUUGGAAGGAAGGCAGCGUUAAGCUUGGCCUCAGACUCUAACUGAGGGUUCAGUUGGGAGGCUGCUGCAGAGAAACUUUGUGUGUCUGGUUGCCAUGGCUCAGCUCUGUGUGUUUUGUCCUCCCCCUCCUCCCCUCCUCUAGGCUACUCUGGAUGUGGUGAUGAACCUCCAGUUCCACUACAUUGAGAAGCUGUGGCAGACCUUCUGGUAUUCAACAGCGCCAUCUAGUGACGGAACCACCACCAUCCCCAACAGGUCAAACAACUGAAGUACUCUAUUUUAAUUAGGAAAAACAUGCAGGCAUUAUAUGUAUGUUUUCUGUGAUUUUAAAACUGUGCUUUUAGUGAUUGUAUGUUGUGUGUCUGCAGUGAUGAGGACAUGGAGGGGGUGAUCCCCAGGCAGAAGCUGAUUGCGCUGUGCAAGUAUGAGCCUGUCAAGCUCUGGAUGAGGAACUGUGACCACAUCUUGUACCAGGCCCUGGUGGAGAUCCUCAUCCCCGAUGUGCUGCGGCCUGUCCCCAGUACGUUCACCUAAAUACCUUCAACACUAUUACUACACUUCAUCACUGCUACUCCAACUCAAACACAUACUCCUCCCUAGUCAUUUAUAUUUAUUCAGGUUCUGUUUUGUAUUACAGGCACUCUCACUCAGGCCAUCCGCAACUUUGCCAAGAGUCUGGAGGGCUGGCUGACCACAGCUAUGAGCGACUUUCCCAAUGAGAUUGUCCGCACCAAGGUACAGAAAACACUCCAACAUCCUGAUAGUCUCCCUGGAUACUCCCAGAUAUACAGUAGUAACGGUACACUGAGAGACAUUCCCUGGUGAAGUCAACCAUCUCUCCCCUGUGCGUCUUCUAGGCGGCGGUGGUGAGUGCAUUUGCCCAGACCCUGCGUCGGUACACCUCUCUGAACCACUUGGCCCAGGCGGCCCGCGCCGUGCUGCAGAACACCUCUCAGAUUAACCAGAUGCUCAGCGACCUCAACCGUGUCGACUUCGCCAACGUACAGGUACGCCUUUUACCUAUCAACACCUGUUGAUAGUUAUGACUUCUGACUCUGUGUCUAUUCAUAUGUGUUUGUACCUCCUACUUUGUAUAUCCUCUCUGAUUUGUUUUGUGUGUGUUGGUGAACAGGAGCAGGCGUCGUGGGUCUGCCAGUGUGACGAGAGCGUGGUUCAGCGGCUGGAGCAGGACUUCAAGGUGACCCUGCAGCAGCAGAGCUCUCUGGACCAGUGGGCCGCCUGGCUGGACAACGUUGUCAACCAGGUCCUUAAGCCCCACGAGGGCAGCCCCAGCUUCCCCAGGGCCGCACGACAGUUCCUGCUCAAGUGGUCCUUCUAUAGGUACGGACCCAAUCUAUAUAUGUAUACAGUUUAUUAGGUACACCACCCCGUUCACGAAAACGGUUCACUCCUACAGACAGUGAGGCACGUGGUCGUGGCUUGCUAUAUAAAGCAGGCAGACAGGCAUCAAGGCAUUUACAGUGCCUUCGGAAAGUAUUCAGACCCCUUGACUUUUUCCACAUUUUGUUACUUUACAGCAUUAUUCUAAAAUAAAUACAAAAAAUUCAACAGCAAUCUACACACAAUACCCCAUAAUGGCAAAGAGAAAACAGGUUUUUAGACAUUUUUGAAAAUGUAUUUUAAAAAACAGAAAUACCUUAUUUACAUAAGUAUUCAGACCCUUUGCUAUGAGACUCGAAAUUGAGCUCAGGUGCAUCCUGUUUCCAUUUGUUCAUCCAUGAGAUGUUUCUACAACUUGAUUGGAGUCCACAUGUGGUAAAUUCAAUUGAUUGGACAUGAUUUGGAAAGGCACACACCUGUCUACAGUGAGGGAAAAACGUAUUUGAUCCCCUGCUGAUUUUGUACGUUUGCCCACUGACAAAGACAUGAUCAGUCUAUAAUUUUAAUGGUAGGUUUAUUUGAACAGUGAGAGACAGAAUAACAACAAAAAAAAAGAUUUGCAUUUUAAUGAUGGAAAUAAGUAUUUGACCCCUCUGCAAAACAUGACUUAGUACUUGGUGGCAAAACCCUUGUUGGCAAUCACAGAUGUCAGACGUUUCUUGUAGUUGCCCACCAGGUUUGCACACAUCUCAGGAGGGAUUUUGUUCCACUCCUCUUUGCAGAUCUUCUCCAAGUCAUUAAGGUUUCGAGGCUGACGUUUGGCAACUCGAACCUUCAGCUCCCUCCACAGAUUUUCUAUGGGAUUAAGGUCUGGAGACUGGCUGAGCCACUCCUUUGUUGCCUUGGCCGUGUGUUUUGGGUCAUUGUCAUGCUGGAAUACCCAUCCACGACCCAUUUUCAAUGCCCUGGCUGAGGGAAGGAGGUUCUCACCCAAGAUUUGACGGUACAUGGCCCCGUCCAUCGUCCCUUUGAUGCGGUGAAGUUGUCCUGUCCGCUUAGCAGAAAAACACCCCCAAAGCAUAAUGUUUCCACCUCCAUGUUUGACGGUGGGGAUGGUAUUCUUGGGGUCAUAGGCAGCAUUCCUCCUCCUCCAAACACGGCGAGUUGAGUUGAUGCCAAAGAGCUCCAUUUUGGUCUCAUCUGACCACAACACUUUCACCCAGUUCUCCUCUGAAUCAUUCAGAUGUUCAUUAGCAAACUUCAGACUGCCCUGUAUAUGUGCUUUCUUGAGCAGGGGGACCUUUUGGGCGCUGCAUGAUUUCAGUCCUUCACGGCGUAGUGUGUUACCAAUUGUUUUCUUGGUGACUAUGGUCCCAGCUGCCUUGAGAUCAUUGACAAGAUCCUCCCGUGUAGUUCUGGGCUGAUUCCUCACCGUUCUCAUGAUCAUUGCAACUCCACGAGGUGAGAUCUUGCAUGGAGCCCCAGGCCGAGGGAGAUUGACAGUUAUUUUGUGUUUCUUCCAUUUGCGAAUAAUCGCACCAACUGUUGUCACCUCCUCACCAAGCUGCUUGGCGAUGGUCUUGUAGCCCAUUCCAGCCUUGUAUAGGUCUACUGUCUUGUCCCUGACAUCCUUGGAGAGCUCUUUGGUCUUGGCCAUGGUGGAGAGUUUGGAAUCUGAUUGAUUGAUUGCUUCUGUGGACAGGUGUCUUUUAUACAGGUAACAAGCUGAGAUUAGGAGCACUCCCUUUAAGAGUGUGCUCCUAAUCUCAGCUCGUUACCUGUAUUAAAGACACCUGGGAGCCAGAAAUCUUUCUGAUUGAGAGGGGGUCAAAUACUAAUUUCCCUCAUUUAAAAUACAAAUCAAUUUAUACAAUUUUUGACAUGCGUUUUUCUGGAUUUUGUUGUUGUUAUUCUGUCUCUCAAUGUUCAAAUAAACCUACCAUUAAAAUUAUAGACUGAUCAUUUCUUUGUCAGUGGGCAAACGUACAAAAUCAGCAGGGGAUCAAAUACUUUUUUCCCUCACUGUAUAUAAGGUCCCACAGUUGACAGUGCAUAUCAGAGCAAAAACCAAGCCUUGAGGUUGAAGGAAACUCUGCCUAGAAGGUCAGCAUCCCGGAGUCGCCUCUUCACUGUUGACAUUGAGACUGGUGUUUUGCGGGUACUAUUUAAUGAAGCUGCCAGUUGAGGACCUGUGAGGCGUCUGUUUCUCAAACUAGACCCUCUAAUGUAUUUGUCCUCUUGCUCAGUUGUGCACCGGGGCCUCCCACUCCUCUUUCUAUUCUGGUUAGAGCCAGUUUGUGCUGUUCUGUGAAGGGAGUAGUACACAGCGUUGUACGAGAUCUUCAGUUUCUUGGCAAUUUCUUGCAUGGAAUAGCCUUAAUUUCUCAGAACAAGAAUAGACUGACGAGUUUCAGAAGAAAGUUAUUUGUUUCUAGCUAUUUUGAGCCUGUAAUCGAACCCACAAUUGCUGAUGCUCCAGAUACUCAACUAGUCUCAAGAAGGCCAGUUUUAUUGCUUCUUUAAUCAGCACAACAGUUUUCAGCUGUGCUAACAUAAUUGCAAAAGGGUUUUCUAAUGAUCAAUCAGCCUUUUAAAAUGAUAAACUUGGAUUAGCAAACACAACGUGCAAUUGGAACACAGGACUGAUGGUUACUGAUAAUGUGCCUCUGUAAGCCUAUGUAGAUAUUCCUUUAAAAAUCAGCCGUUUCCAGCUACAAUAGCCAUUUACAACAUUAACAAUGUCUACACUGUAUUUCUGAUCAAUUUGAUGUAAUUUUAAUGGACAAAAAAUGUGCUUUUCUUUCGAAAACAAGGACAUUUGUAAGUGACCCCAAACUUUUGAACGGUAGUAUAUGUAUGUAUGUAUGUAUGUAUGUAUGUAUGUAUGUAUGUAUGUAUGUAUGUAUGUAUGUAUGUAUGUAUGUAUGUAUGUAUGUAUGUAUGUAUGUAUGUAUGUAUGUAUGUAUGUAUGUAUGUAUGUAUGUAUGUAUAUGUAUGUAUGUAUGUAUGUAUGUAUGUAUGUAUGUAUGUAUGUAUGUAUAUACACACACACACACACGUUUCCCCUAUAUUAAUUUAUCGUUGCCACCAAAUCAUGUCCACUGCAAAAAAUUCUAAUAAAAACAUGUUUAGAAUGUAGACGUAUGCCCCAGGAAGACCAUUUGCGGCCAAAUAUAUUGGCACCCUUGCACUUUUCUUAGAUAUGUUGGAAAUGAAAAAUACUUUGUCUCCACAUCUUGUUAUUGUAUUUGACGUUGCAGAACCAAUUUUAUUUUGUAACCUUAUGUCAAAUGGCAUGGACAAAAUGAUUGGCACCCCAGAGCUAAUAAUUUGUUGAAGAGUCUUUGGCCAAGAUAACUGAGCUUGCUAUACCUUUCUACUGUCCAUUUUGACCAAUUUUCAGCAGCAAACUGCUCAAAUUAUUCAAUGUUUGAGGUGUACCCUACACCAACUUCUGUUUUCAGCUCUCGCCAUAGGUUAUGGAUGUGAUUCAGAUCUGUACUCUUUAGCAGUCUUCACAUCGGCAGUUAGAAGUGACUUAUAUUCUAUUUCUUUGCAUAUCCGAUUCGAAUCUAACUAGUUUAAUUGUUUUCAAACAAAUUAGUGAAUGUGCUGGAAAGCUAAACAGCUACCUAGCUAGCUGGUUGACUGCUCAGGUGAGCCAAAAAUGACUUGUUUUGAAAGUUGGAUCAUCUUAUCCUUUUGAGGCUAAGUGUUCUUACCCUAUGAUUUUGAACAUUCAAAGCAACUGGGAAACUUCCAUGGCAGGCAUUGUUGUCACCUUAGCUUGCUACAUAACUUCUGAGUGAUAGGAAACACAAGCACCACCACCAGCCUACACCUCUGCACACCUGUCGUUACUAUGACAACUAGCGUAGCCUUGUCAGCAAAUGACUGCUGUCUGACACACACAUCUGAUUUGGUCACUUGUAACUUUGCCAUUUGGACAGUCAGUAGUCCAAAACGGAUUUGAAAAACAAAACUGAUUUGAGCAUUAAGGCCUGCAGUGUGAACAAGGCUUUAGCUGGCCACUCCAGAACAGUCCAGUCUUCUUGAACCAUUCCAUGGUGCUUUUGAUGUGCGUUUGGGGUUGUUGUCCUGCUGGAAGACCCACAACCUUCAACAGAGCCAGUUUUUGGACACUGGGUUGAACAUUGCACUCCAAAACACCUUGAUAAUCAGCUGAUUUCAUGAUGUCUUGCGUACGUUCAAGGCCCCCAGUACCAGAGGCAGCAAAGCAACCCCACAGCAUUAUCGAGCCUCCCCCAUGUUUGAUUGUAGGGAGGGUGUUAUUUUCUUUGAAUGCUGACAUGUGGGCAAAAUUGCCAUUAGAAAGGAGCAGCAAGCUCAGAUGGCUACACGAAGAGUUUGUCUACAGUCAUCUUGGCCAAAGACUGUGCACCCAAGUACUAGCUCCGGCGUGCCAAUAAUCUGCAAUGUUGAAAAUCCCAAUUACAAGGUGUGGGGACAAAGUUUUUUCAAUUUGAACUUAUUUUAGAAGAAAUGGGUAAUUAUUUAAGAAAAGUGCAAGUGUGCCAAUAUCUUUGUCCGCAACUAAAUAUGCAGCAUAAAUGUAAAAUGUAGCUGCUUUUCACUAAGGUGUGGUAGUAUUUGCAGGCUGAUGAAUGUGGUUAGCUUUGUGUGGCAGGGGCACAUUAAAGCUCAGUGGGGCUGCGUUAAUGUAAUCUCUCUCUGAUGGCCCUCUCUUUCUCUCUUCCCCACAGCUCCAUGGUAAUCAGGGACUUGACCCUGCGUAGUGCAGCUAGUUUUGGCUCCUUCCACCUAAUCAGGCUGCUCUACGAUGAGUACAUGUUCUACCUGGUGGAGCACCGCGUCGCCCAGGCAACCGGAGAGACGCCCAUCGCUGUCAUGGGAGAGGUGAGUGGGAGGGCUUUUAUGUACCCGUUUCCUUGAGCGAUUCUGUGGAACUCCUGCAAAAUUCACUGAAAUAAUUAUGCGUAUUUCAUGGCACACCAGUUUCCGUGGUCUACGUUUUUGGUAAUGAGUAAUAUAGCCUGUUUGUUGACAGCAUAUAAAUCUGUAUUAGUCCAUUACUAAUCAAAUUUCUCCUCUCUUCUGAAACACAGUUCAGUGACCUUAACUCGAUGAUGCUCAUGGACAAAGGUAGGUCUGCUCCCCCUGGCUCCUAGUGUUUGACUUGUUUUCUCUAUCAGUCUCAAUGUGGUAUAGAACUAGACGUUACCUAGCUCGUUAACUGCUGUUUUUCCCAUCUCAGACCCGUCCUUCUCCGAUGACAUGAGUGACAUAGGCAGUGACGAGGGCCGAGGGCCCAACGAGCCGGCCGUGAAAAGGGAGAGGAUCGAAAUCAACCACUCGCUGCAGGAGAUC